AUGACUGCGUGCCAUUGCAAAACAUGCCAGAAGAUCUCGGGCGGUCCAUUCCUGGGGUUUGCGGGUCUUAAGGCUUCAGACCUCAAAUGGUCCCAACAGCCCGAUAUGUGGUCGAUUAGCGACAUUGCAGAACGCGGGUUCUGUAAGGUCUGUGGCUCGGCUAUGUCCAUGAAAUAUGCCUUUGGUGGAGGCAAGAUAGGUGUCACUUUGGGCACCAUUACGGCUGCCGACCCUCCGCUUCCACCCAUCAAAGACCAUAUCUUCCUUGCAGAAAAGGCAUCCUGGUUCGUACUGCCUGAUGAUGGCGCUGCGAGGGAAGACGACUUUGGUGGGGACUGGCGGGAGAGGAUUGCUCGGUGGAGGGAGCAACACAAACAAGAGGAUAGGUCCUCAUAG